AUGUCACAAGAUAAUACUUUUAUAAAUCAAAUAUUGACCAAAUUAUCGAUUACUAUUGAACAACUGUUUCAAGCUCCAUCUAUGACGAAAAAGAAUUAUAUUGAUUUUUAUAAUCAUAUUAAUAAAUAUUUCACAAGCCCUGAAUAUAACGAUGCGGUAUUAAAAGCAUCACCAAAAGCACAACCAAAAAAACCAGAAGCAGCCACAAAAGACAAUGAAGUCAACGACGAUCAAAUUAAUACGAAUAUGCCCAGUGGUCAAAUUUACUUACACAUACAGACAACAUUAAAAGAAAAUCUUGAAAAUAUAGUGCAGAAUGGAAGUUAUUUAACAGGUGCAGAUUUUCUUCGAUUUUAUUGCAAAGCUUGGGAAAGCUACCAAUUGACCAGUCGAAUAAUAAACAGUUUAUUGAUGUAUAUAAAUCAGAAUUGGGUUCGUUAUCAACGAGAAACUGGUUUCAAAGAUGUUUAUGAUAUUUAUACUAUGGCAUUGAAAAUCUGGCAAGAUAUGUUUUUUAAACAAGCUAAUCAUUCAGUGACACGAACUUGCCUGAAUUUGAUUAAAUGUGAACGUAAUGGAGAGAAAAUUGAUUGUUCUUUAAUUCGUGAGGCUGUUCAAAGUUAUGCAUCAAUUGGUUUUAAUGAAGCUGACAAAGGAUCUAGACAUAGUCAAACGCCAUUAUCAUCACUUGCGAUAUAUAAAGAUUAUUUUGAAACAGGAUUUCUUCAAGAAACACAACAAUAUUAUGAAUUUGAGUCAAAUAAUUUUCUUGCAAAUAAUUCUAUGAAUGCUUAUAUAAAAAAAAUCACUCGACGACUUGAAGAGGAAGAAAAACGUAUACAACGUUGUUUACAUCCAACAACAUUGCAGCCAUUAAAUUCAAUGCUUGAACAAGUUCUCAUUAAAAAUCAAUGUGUUGGUAUUUAUAACGAAGCCAUGCAACAAUUAAUGAAUGAAAACAUUAAAGAUUUACAUCUUAUAUUCAAAUUGGUUAAUCGAAUAGAGAAAGGCAACGAACCAAUUCAGACAGCUUUGGAAAGACAAAUAUGUGACAUUGGCUUAGAUAUAAUUAACCGUACAAGUGCUACUGCAAUCCGAGAACCUAAAACUUAUAUUGAAGCAAUUAUUGACGUGUAUAUGAGAUUUUUUAAAAUUGUUGACCAAGCAUUCAAUCGUGAGCAUGGUUAUACGACUGCUCUUGAUAGAGCUUGUAGUAAAAUUAUUAAUGAAAAUGCAAUAGUACAAGGAGCUCAAAGAUCAACAAAAUCAUCUGAAUUAUUAGCUCGUUAUUGUGAUAUUAUUUUACGAAAAGGAAAUAGAAGUGAACAAAAUGAAGUUGAAGAAAAAAUCAAUCAAAUUAUGAUAGUUUUUAAUUACAUACAAGAUAAAGAUAUUUUUCAAAAAUUUUAUGGAAGAUUAUUAGCAAAACGUUUAGUUGAUCAACUAAGUGCAUCAGAUGACUACGAAGAAUCAUUAAUAUCAAAAUUAGGAGCAACUUGUGGUUUUGAAUAUGCAUCUAAACUACAACGAAUGUUUCAAGAUAUUCGUCUUAGUACAAGUUUAAUUAAGGAAUAUAAAACAUAUUGUGAAAAUAAACAAUCGAUUAGAAUAUUCGAUUUUUCUGUUAUGGUACUUACAUCAAAUUCAUGGCCAUUUACAGUUCCAGCAAUGUUUAAUUUACCAACUGAACUUGAAUCAAUAUUGAAAGAUUUUGAAAGAUUUUAUUUGAACAGAUUUAAUGGUCGUCAAUUAAAAUGCCUUUUUCAAUAUUCAAAGGGUGAAUUACAAACUGUAUAUACAAAACCAAAAUAUACUUUACAAGUAUCAACAUAUCAAAUGGCUGUUUUACUUUUAUUUAAUAAAUUCGACAAUAUGACAGUUCAACAAAUAUUAGAUACAACUCAAAUCAGCUCUGAAUCAUUUGAACCAGUUCUUUUCAAUUUAUUAAAAAAUAAAGUGUUAACAUGUGCAGGAAUCAAUGCAGAUACAUUAAAUGAAAAUUUAAACCAAAGUGGUAUUACAACAAAUUCUAUUAUUGAAAUUAAUCAGAAACUUUACAGUACUAGAAUUAAGAUUAAUUUAGUUAAACUUACAGGACCUGCCGCACCAAAUCCAAUAGAUUCUAGACCUAUCUAUGCAUCAAUUAAUGAAGAUCGCAAAAUAGUUAUUCAAGCUGCUAUCGUUCGAAUAAUGAAAAUGCGAAAACAAUUAAAACAUGCAUUAUUAGUACAAGAAGUUAUUCAACAAUUAAGUUCAAGAUUUAAACCCGAAAUUCCUAUCAUCAAACAAUGUAUAGAUUUAUUAAUUGAAAAAGAAUAUUUGGAACGAGAUUCUAACGAAAGAGAUCUCUUUCGUUAUUUGGCUUAG